AUGAAGGCGAUCGCCGCCACCGCGCUGUCCGACGCGUCGUUCGGCGUCGCCGAGAUCAUGGCCGCCGGCAUCCUCACCGCCGCCUUCGUCCUCCUCCUCGGCGCCACGCGGCUCAUGCAGCUCGUCUACUGGGUCGUCCCGCUCCCCGUCGUGCGCGGCAUCCAGCUCGCGCAGGGGCUCAACUUCGCCAUGGCCGCGGUCAAGUACAUCCGCUACGAGCAGGAUCUCGGAAAGGGCAAAUCCUUGGGCCGCCGACCCUGGUCGUGCGUUUGUAAAUUGUGA